GUGACGUCAUGCAUAGAACACUUUGUUGCGCCGUUGCUACAAGUACAAGUCACAGGGCAUUGGUCAGAUUGUUCAGGCAUUUGGGCAUGCAGGACGCAGUGACUGCAGCCAAACGGGCUGCUGCCUAUCGAGCUGUAGACGAGAACAUCAAGACAAAUCAAGUGGUCGGUAUUGGAAGCGGCUCGACCAUCGUGUAUGCAGUCGAGAGGAUUGCUGAACGCGUGAAAUCCGAGCACUUGCUCGUCACAUGCGUUCCCACCUCAUUUCAAGCUGUUAGCCUCAUAACGUCGUCGAACUUAAUUCUUAGUGAUCUGAACAGACACCCGGAGUUGGAUGUUGCCAUUGAUGGAGCCGAUGAGGUCGACAUGCAGUUGAAUUGCAUCAAGGGAGGCGGUGGAUGCCACACACAAGAAAAGCUUGUUGCAGCCAAUGCUAAUACCUUUAUAGUCAUAGCAGACGACAGAAAGGAUUCGAAGACACUUGGAGAGAAAUGGACGAAGGGAAUUCCGAUCGAAGUUAUACCAUUUGCAUACGUUUCGGUCAUGAAAAGGAUUGCAAGUCUUGGUCUGCAACCGAUUCUACGAAUGGCUACCCAGAAAGCAGGCCCUGUUGUGACGGAUAAUGGCAACUUUGUCGUUGAUGCUACAUUUAACGAGGUGUAUGACUGGUGCAAGUUGCAACACAAGCUCAUAUGCAUCCCAGGCGUGGUCGAGACGGGAUUGUUCAUUGGCAUGGCAUCAAAAGCGUAUUUUGGCAAUGCAGAUGGCAGUGUGAGAGUGAGAAACAAAGAAGACACUGCAUAGUAGUUUGCGAGUGAAGAUGUCAAGAAUGUCAAUGUAUCAUCCGUAUUAUGUCGUGCCGCUGCUGGACUCGCCAUUAUUUACAGGUAAUAUUGUGAUUUGACUGGAAUGGAUAGAUUGUGUUGUGAGAUGGGUGUAGUAUAAGUGUUGUAGUGAACUUACUCUACGAUGUGAUUUAUGACUAACGUAAGACUGACUGCAUGGUACAAUGUAGCUUCAGUAAAAAUUGUCCGAAUGUCAUCAGGCAUGAGAUAUCGAUCGUUAUCAUCAC